CGCGCCGCUUGUGUCAUCCGCCAUUUUGUGUGAGACAAGGUGGCCUCCACGUUCCCUGCACGUCUUCUCCGCUUCUGCCUCGACCGCCCCUUGACCACAGACAUGUCUCGGGAUCGGUUCCGGAGUCGCGGCGGUGGCGGUGGCGGCUUCCACCGGCGCGGAGGCGGCGGCGGUCGUGGAGGCCUUCACGACUUCCGCUCCCCGCCGCCAGGCAUGGGCCUGAACAAGAACCGCGGCCCAAUGGGCCCGGGCCCAGGAGGCCCCAAACCUCCGAUCCCGCCGCCGCCUCCGCACCAGCAGCAACAGCAGCCGCCACCCCAGCAGCAGCCGCCGCCACAGCAGCCACCGCCGCACCAGCAGCCGCCGCCGCACCAGCCGCCCCAUCAGCAGCCGCCGCCGCCGCCACCGGACGCCUCUAAACCGGUCGGUCCACAGGGGCCCGGCCCCGCGCCGGGAGUAAGCAGCGCCCCGCCGGCCGCGGGCUCGGCCCCGCCAGCCACCCCUCCGGCCACCGGCGCCCCGCCAGGGCCUGGCCCUACCCCGACCCCGCCGCCUGCGGUCACCUCGGCCCCUCCCGGGGCGCCUCCGCCCGCGCCGCCGAGCAGCGGGGUCCCGACCACUCCUCCUCAGGCCGGGGGCCCGCCGCCGCCUCCCGCAGGGGGUCCGGGCCCAGUGCCUAAACAGGGUCCAGGACCUGGCGGCCCCAAAGGCGGCAAAAUGCCUGGUGGGCCGAAGCCCGGCGGUGGCCCGGGCCUGAGCACGCCUGGCGGCCACCCUAAGCCUCCGCACCGAGGCGGCGGGGAGCCCCGUGGCGGCCGCCAGCACCACCCCCCCUACCACCAGCAGCACCACCAGGGCCCCCCUCCCGGCGGGCCCGGCGGCCGCAGCGAAGAGAAGAUCUCCGACUCGGAGGGAUUCAAAGCCAACUUGUCUCUCUUGAGGAGACCUGGAGAGAAAACGUACACACAGCGUUGUCGAUUGUUUGUUGGGAAUCUACCUGCUGAUAUCACAGAGGAUGAGUUCAAAAGACUGUUUGCUAAAUACGGAGAACCAGGAGAAGUUUUUAUCAAUAAAGGCAAAGGAUUCGGGUUUAUUAAACUUGAAUCGAGAGCCUUGGCUGAAAUUGCCAAAGCUGAACUUGAUGAUACACCCAUGAGAGGUAGACAGCUUCGGGUUCGCUUUGCUACUCAUGCUGCUGCCCUUUCUGUUCGAAAUCUUUCACCUUAUGUUUCCAAUGAACUGUUGGAAGAAGCCUUUAGCCAAUUUGGUCCGAUUGAAAGGGCUGUUGUAAUUGUGGAUGACCGCGGAAGAUCUACAGGGAAAGGCAUUGUUGAAUUUGCUUCUAAGCCAGCAGCAAGAAAAGCAUUUGAAAGAUGCAGUGAAGGUGUUUUCCUACUGACAACAACUCCUCGUCCAGUCAUUGUGGAACCACUUGAACAACUAGAUGAUGAAGAUGGUCUUCCUGAAAAACUUGCACAGAAGAAUCCAAUGUAUCAGAAGGAGAGAGAAACACCACCCCGAUUUGCUCAGCAUGGCACAUUUGAAUAUGAAUAUUCUCAGCGAUGGAAGUCUUUGGAUGAGAUGGAAAAGCAACAAAGGGAACAAGUUGAGAAAAACAUGAAGGAUGCGAAAGACAAAUUGGAAAGUGAAAUGGAAGAUGCUUAUCAUGAACAUCAGGCAAAUCUUUUGCGCCAAGAUCUGAUGAGACGCCAGGAAGAGUUAAGACGCAUGGAAGAACUUCACAAUCAGGAAAUGCAGAAACGUAAAGAAAUGCAAUUAAGGCAAGAGGAGGAACGACGUAGAAGGGAAGAAGAGAUGAUGAUUCGCCAACGCGAGAUGGAAGAACAAAUGAGACGACAAAGAGAGGAAAGUUAUAGCCGAAUGGGCUACAUGGAUCCAAGAGAAAGAGACAUGAGAAUGGGUGGUGGAGGAGCAAUGAACAUGGGAGAUCCCUAUGGUUCAGGAGGCCAGAAAUUUCCACCUCUAGGUGGUGGUGGUGGCAUAGGUUAUGAAGCUAACCCUGGCGUUCCACCAGCAACCAUGAGUGGUUCCAUGAUGGGAAGCGACAUGCGUACUGAGCGCUUUGGGCAGGGAGGUGCGGGGCCUGUGGGUGGACAGGGUCCUAGAGGAAUGGGUCCUGGAACUCCAGCAGGAUAUGGUAGAGGGAGAGAAGAGUAUGAAGGUCCAAACAAAAAGCCCCGAUUUUAGAUGUGAUAUCUAGGCUUUCAUUCCAGUUUGUUUUUGUCUUUUCUUGUUUAGAUACCACUUUUAAAUUCUUGCAUUUUAGUAAGAAAGCUACCUUUUUAUGGAUGUUAGCAGUUUAUUGACCUGAAAUUUGUAAAUGGUCUGUUUGGGCAGGUAAAAUUAUGUAAUGCAGUGUUCAAAACAGGAGAAAAAUUUUUCCUUUUAUUUCUUUUUUUAAACUGUAUAAUGUUCCUCAAGUUAAUGGCAGUGUACCUUGUGCCACUGAAUUUCCAAAGUGUACCAAUUUUUUUUUUACUGUGCUUCAAAUAAAUAGAAAACAUAGUUAAUACUGAUCUUCAACUUUGCCAUUCAUGCUUCUAUGCACAUUAGGCUAGGUAUUCCACUUUGAAAGCAUGAGAGUGUCUAGGCCUUUGAAUGGCAUAUGCCGUUUCUGGGAAAUGUAUCUGGAAGCUUAAGUAAGCAUUGCUUUCUACAAAGAACUGCCCUCUUGUUUUAAAAAGAAAUGCAUCUCAAAGUAGUUCACGAUUUGUUUGGCAUUAUAGGAAGCAAGCUGGUGCUAAGUAAUUUUUUAAUGGUUAUGUAAGCAAAGCUGAACUGUAAAUCUUCAUUCAGGAAUGUGUAUGGAAUGGGUGUAAGCUAUUGGUAGGGGGAGAAAGUGGGUUUGGUUAAAUGGAUCUUUCAUGGCCCUGUGAUCUACCCUUUCUUUGAAAGUUUUUGAAAAGUAGAAAUAUCAUUUUGUUGCAUUUCCCCUAUUCUUGUUUUUAAAAGAACAAAUUCCCAAGCCCUACAAAAUGGCUUGUACUGAACUUUUGCAUUUGAAUUAAAGAUUGUUAAACAUGGAAGCCUUUUCAUGUAUUCAAGUGAUUUAUAAAAAGACGGUGAAAAACAUCAACUUGAAAGUAAGGUUUAGAUACCUAUAAAGUAGGUUUAGUUCUUCACAUUUGUACUCUAACUUAUACUCAGGCUACUUUUGUUGGGCAAAAAUCUGUGGAACUAUGAAAAUGAUUCUUAAGAGGCAGUGGUGAUUUAAUAGUGCAGGUAAUCAUCCUUAAAAUUUUUUGUUCCCUUGUUUAAAUCAUUUCUUUUAGAAGUAGUGCUGAAUCUGGGGAGAUUUGUUAAUGGUAUGUAGUACAAAUACCCUUUCUUCCCACCAUAAAGCUUUGGAAUGUUUCGAUGGUGUUGUCAGUUAAUUGUCAACCUCAUUGAAUAUCCUUGCAUUAGAACAAAGACUUUUUGACUCAACAUUAGAUUGCUUACUGUUGGUCUGUUAGUGCAAUGGGAGCUUGAUUUCCUUCCCAGUUAGAGAAACAACUUCCCUCAGUAGGCAAAGUAAUUGAAUGCUUUGGCUUUGUUUUUAGUUACGUUUCCAUUCAAGUCUGUACAUUAUAGAAUGUUGACUAUGGAAUGACUUCAUCCUUUUCACCUGUUUGUGGUGCGAAUUGGCAAAAGGAAAAAUUCUAAAAUCUUUGCUAACAUGCUGAAGUUUAGUAUUGUGCCUAACUACAAAAGGAAAUAAUUGAGUACUUUUCUGAAUGGGAAAAGGAUUAUUUAAGUAAAACACUAGUGGAAUAUAAAGCAUAUAUCCAAAUUCUAGUUGUAUGACUGGCAGGUACAUGGUGUGCUAAGUAAGGGAGAGAAUCUCCUUAUCAGGUACACUCAUUUCUACUCACCAACACACUUAAAAGUCAAUUUUACCCUAAAUAUUUCAAUAAGAAAAGUUUGGCCCCAAGUUAUCGACUGGUGAUACAUUUUCUAUAUGGAAACGAGGGUCAUGAUUUGAAAGGAGUCCAUUACAAUUUGGUUGAAUUGUAUGAUAGGGACUCUAAUGAUAAGAUCAUGGGUGUUCAUGGGACACCCACAGGGUGAACUUGGAAUGUAUGUGGGUGGGGGGCUGGAGGGGAGAUGGGAAAAUCUGCCUAUAAAAUUAAUGUUUCAGUUUAUUUUUCAGAUUACAUGCCUUUCUUUAUAAGGGAUGCUGGCACAGACCCCUAAAAUAAGCUCUUUUGGUAGUACUGUACCUUUGAAGAGAGGUGAAGGAAGCUAAUGGAUAAUCUACUGAAAAGUUGUGGCUUUUGAUAGCCUCACUGUGGGCUGUAGAAAUGCUAAACUUUGUUUAGCAAAUAAUGCUUAGUUUUAACACAACAUUUACCUUCAUCACUGAAAACAGUAUUCCAAGGGUUGUAAGCUAUUCAGAUAAGCUUUGAACAAGUCUCGCAAUGUAUAUAUGACAGUUUUGCAUAUGAUAGUGUUUAGUGUAAUAUGAAUUUUAAUCAUAGUUUCCUAAAAGUUGAUAAUGAAACUUAGGGUGGGAAAGGGAAGGGAAUAAUUGGAAGUGUUUUAGUUACUUUUCUCAUUUGAAGAAACCAACUGCCCCUAUUUCCUCUUCUUUACUUUCUCUCAUAAUUUUGAUUUAAGAGGAACACUUUUAAAACAUUUCUCCUAAUCUUUACAUAUUGCAUUCUCUAAGAAACUAUUGUAUUAAAUAGGUAUCUUACAAGCUUAAUCUAUUGGCUCACAUUAGUAAAACCAUAGUCUUAUUCUGCCUAGAAAAUUAAAAGCCUAAGUGCUAUAAAAUCCACCACAAUAAGAUGUGUUAUAGCACUAAUAUAAAGAUAAUUUUGGGAAAUUGUAAUGUUACGCCUGUGAAAUUUUUUUAAGUGGCAUAUUAUGGCUUAUAAAAAUGUAGAUACUUGGCUUGGGUAAGCCAUAAAGUUGUGGCGGAAUGUUUUGUGGUGUUCUUGGACUGCAAUAAUGCACUAUUAAAAGUAGUGGCCUGCUACAUAACUGCAUUUAGCCAGCAUUUCUGCAGUGCGUAACUGUGAGGAACGUAGUACCGCAAAUGGCAAUGGACAUUAGGACCCGGAUGUAGUAUUCCUGCUUGCUCCAAGAUUCUCAUUGCCGACUGCAUACAGGUGAGAAUGAUUGAUGUUGGCUGAUACAGGAGUGCUCAUUCACUUCAAAUGGAUAAAGGUAAUCUUCAAGAAGCCACUCAGCAUGGGCCACCCGUGAAAGAAAGUCAAAAGUUGCUAGACUGAGUAUAAGAGUCUAGGAUCAGGUGAGCUGUCCAGAAAACCAGUGAAGAUGACUAUAAAGAAGGAAUAAAUAAUACUUCAAUUAAUAAAUAUUUUAAAAUUUGA